GGCCCUUUAACAGCCCCUUCCCGGCGGCCUGCCCCGCGCGUGCGCCCUGCGGUUCUGCGCUUGUCAUCAUGGCGACGCGGGGCCAUGUGCAGGACCCUAACGACAGGCGCCUCCGGCCCAUUUACGAUUAUCUUGAUAAUGGUAAUAACAAAAUGGCAAUUCAGCAAGCAGAUAAACUGUUGAAGAAGCAUAAAGAUCUUCAUUGCGCUAAGGUUUUAAAAGCAAUUGGUUUACAGAGAACUGGGAAGCAAGAGGAAGCCUUCACCUUGGCACAGGAGGUGGCAGCCCUUGAACCCACAGAUGACAACUCACUACAGGCACUGACUAUUCUUUACCGAGAGAUGCAUCGACCGGAGUUGGUUACAAAACUUUAUGAGGCAGCUGUGAAGAAAGUCCCCAACAGUGAGGAGUAUCACUCUCAUCUCUUCAUGGCUUAUGCCAGAGUGGGUGAAUACAAGAAAAUGCAACAGGCUGGCAUGGCUCUGUAUAAGAUUGUCCCCAAAAACCCUUACUACUUUUGGUCUGUGAUGAGCUUAAUUAUGCAAUCUAUAUCAGCACAGGAUGAAAACCUCUCAAAAACGAUGUUUCUGCCCCUUGCUGAGAGAAUGGUAGAAAAAAUGGUGAAAGAGGACAAGAUAGAAGCUGAGGCUGAAGUUGAACUUUAUUACAUGAUCUUGGAACGACUGGGAAAGUAUCAGGAAGCCUUGGAUGUCAUUAGAGGGAAAUUAGGAGAGAAGCUGACAAGUGAGAUUCAGAGUCGGGAAAAUAAAUGCAUGGCUAUGUAUAAGAAGCUGAGCAGGUGGCCAGAGUGUAAUGCCCUUUCCAGGCGCCUCUUACUAAAAAACUCAGAUGACUGGCAGUUCUAUCUGACUUAUUUCGAUUCUGUCUUUCGACUGAUUGAAGAGGCCUGGACUCCUCCUGCUGAAGGUGAACACUCUUUAGAAGGAGAAGUACAUUAUUCUGCGGAAGAGGCUGUGAAGUUUAUAGAAGAUCGGAUAACAGAAGAAUCUAAAAGUUCUCGCCAUCUCCGCGGACCACAUCUAGCUAAAUUGGAGCUGAUCAGGCGCUUACGAAGUCAAGGUUGUAAUGAUGAAUAUAAACUAGGUGACCCAGAAGAAUUAAUGUUCCAGUAUUUUAAAAAGUUUGGGGAUAAACCGUGUUGUUUUACAGACCUGAAGGUGUUUGUUGACCUCUUGCCUGCUACACAGGGUACAAAGUUUAUUAAUCAGUUACUCGGAGUUGUUCCUUUGUCAACACCAACAGAGGAUAAGCUGGCACUGCCUUCUGACAUCCGAGCUUUGCAACAACAUUUGUGUGUAGUGCAGCUGACGAGGUUACUUGGCUUGUACCACACCAUGGAUAAAAAUCAGAAAUUGAGUGUGGUCAGGGAAUUGAUGCUAAGAUACCAACAUGGACUGGAAUUCGGGAAAUCCUGUUUGAAAACAGAAUUGCAGUUUUCAGACUAUUACUGUCUCCUUGCUGUUCAUGUGCUUAUUGAUAUAUGGAGAGAAACAGGUGAUGAGACUGCUGUGUGGCAGGCCCUGACUUUGCUGGAAGAAGGGUUAACCCAUAGCCCUUCCAAUGCCCAAUUCAAAUUGCUGCUUGUUCGAAUCUACUGUAUGCUGGGUGCAUUUGAACCGGUGGUGGAUCUUUACUCCAGUCUCGAUGCAAAGCAUAUCCAGCACGACACCAUUGGUUAUCUUUUGACUCGAUACGCCGAAUCUCUAGGUCAGUAUGCUGCUGCAUCCCAAUCCUGUAAUUUCGCACUCAGGUUUUUCCACUCCAACCAGAAAGAUACCUCAGAAUAUAUUAUUCAAGCUUACAAAUAUGGUGCAUUUGAGAAGAUCCCAGAGUUUAUCGCUUUUAGGAACAGGCUGAAUAAUUCUCUUCAUUUUGCACAAGUCCGUACUGAACGGAUGCUGUUGGACCUUCUACUUGAAGCAAAUAUAUCAACCAGCCUAGCAGAAAGUAUAAAGUCAAUGAAUCUUAGGCCAGAAGAAGAUGACAUUCCAUGGGAAGAUUUGCGAGAUAACAGAGAUUUAAAUGUUUUCUUCAGCUGGGAUCCAAAAGACAGGGAUGUUUCUGAAGAACAUAAGAAACUUUCCUUGGAGGAGGAGACCAUGUGGCUAAGAAUACGUUCCUUAACAUUGAGGCUGAUCAGUGGCCUUCCAAGUCUUAACCACCCUGUGGAGCCAAAGAACUCUGAGAAGACUUCGGAGAAUGGUGUAUCCUCUCCCAUUGAUAUUCUUCGUUUGCUCCUUCAACAGCUAGAGGUGGCCGUGGAGACAGGAAAGCGAUUUAUUGAAAAGGAAAUUCAGUAUCCUUUCCUUGGUCCUGUACCUACCAGAAUGGGUGGAUUCUUUAACUCUGGCUGUUCUCAAUGCCAGAUAAGUUCUUUUUAUCUUGUUAAUGAUAUUUAUGAGCUGGAUACCAAUGGUUUAGAAGAUACAGUGGAGAUACAGGAGCGAAUAGAGAAUAGUCUUAAGUCUUUACUAGAACAGUUAAAGGAUGUCUUCAGUAGAUGUAAAGGUGACCUCUUAGAAGUUAAAGAUGGUAACUUGAAAACACAUCCUACCCGUUUAGAAAAUCUUGUCUUCUUUGUUGAGACUAUUUCUGUUAUCCUUUGGGUGUCCAGUUACUGCGAGAGUGUCUUGCGACCAUACAAAUUAAGUUUACAGAAAAAGAAAAAGAAGAAAAAAGAAACCAGUAUCAUCAUGCCACCUGUCUUCACCAGUUUCCAAGACUAUGUUUCUGGACUUCAGACUUUAAUUUCUAAUGCUGUGGAUCAUAUUAAGGGACUUGAAACACAUCUAAUUGCACUUAAGCUUGAAGAACUUAUUUUAGAGGACACUUCUUUCUCUCCGGAAGAAAGAAAAUUUUCAAAGACUGUGCAAGGGAAAGUGCAGAGCAGUUACCUACACUCACUUCUGGAAAUGGGGGAUCUGCUGAAAAAAAGACUUGAGACCACAAAGAAACUAAAAAUUUAAGGAAGUGUGGACCACAGGCACUGAUGACUCUACAGCGGAAAAUGACGAUACUAUCUUCCCAGGCAAAAGCAACAUCUGGUUGAUCAUCAUUUUAAUCCAGAACUUCCUCAUAAAAUGCAUGAAGGACUUCGA